UGACAGCGCGUUUAUGGCGGAGUGUAGUAUUUGUACAUAUGCGGGAAGAAAACAACUGAUCUGAUGGAGGUGAAAGAGGAAAAUCAAGAACCGAAUGGAGUGGAGUGGUGUGAGAAACCUCAAAGUCUUUUAAAUGGAGAAGAAACCUUCAAUGAAAAGAAUGUCUCACGAAGCAGAACUCAAAGAACAAAAGCCAUAAAGUCUUUGAAAUGUCAUCAGUGUGAAACAAGUUUUACACGUAAAGAGAACCUGGAUUAUCACUUAAAAACUCACACUGGAGAAAAACCGUACACCUGCCAUCAUUGCGGAAAGAGUUUCAUACUAAACAAACACCUUCAGUGCCAUAUAAGAAUUCACACUGGAGAAAAGCCUUUUGAAUGUGAUCAAUGUGGACGCGGUUUUGCAAGUAGAGAGAGCCUAAAGAACCAUGCAAAAAUUCACUCCGGAGAAAAGCAGAGUUUCACCUGCUCUCAUUGUGGAAAGAGCUAUGCAUUUAAAUGCAGACUUAAAAGACACUUAAAAAUUCAUACUGGAGAGAAACCGUUCACAUGCCCUCAGUGUGGAAAGAGUUUUGCAGAAAAACAACAUCUUGCCAAGCACAUAAGAAUGCAUAUCGGAGGGAAGUCUUACACAUGCACUGAGUGUGGAAAGGUCUGUCCAAACGAAUACAGACUUAAGGUACACCUAAGACGUCACACUGGAGAGAAACCAAACACCUGCCCUGAUUGUGGAAAGAGUUUUGCAGAAAAAGCACACCUUAGCAAGCACAUCAAAUUUUACCAUCAGGCCUUUAAGAUCAGGUCUUUCAGUUGCUCCCAGUGUGGAAAGAGUUUCACAGAUAGACAGAAUCUUAAGAGACACUUAAGAGUUCAUACUGGAGAGCGACCAUACACGUGCCCUCAUUGUGAAUAUAGUUUCACGCAAAAAGUACAUCUUGAUAGGCACAUAAUGCUCCAUACUGGAGAGAAACCGUACAGGUGUACGCAGUGUGAAAAGAGUUUCGUGGAGCCAUCAGGUCUCGUACGUCAUCUGCACAUUCAUACUGGAGAAAAACCUUACUAGUGUUCACACUGUGAACGGAGUUUCGCUUAUGGAGUAUCAUUGAAUAUACACAAGCACGUUCAUACUAGAGGAAAGCAGUACCACUGUACUCGGUGUGGGAAGAGUUUUGCAUACAUAGCAAGCAGUGUUGGGGAGUAACUAGUUACAUGCAGUGUUGGGGGUGACGCAUUACAAGUAACGUGAGUUACGUAAUCAGAUUACUUUUUUCAAGUAACUAGUAAAGUAACUUUUUCAAUUUACAAGAAAAUAUCUGAGUUACUUUAUCAAAAAAAUGUAACGCCAGUUACUUUGUUUUUUCCAUUUAUUGACUGACAAGUCUCCUGUCCCAAUGUUGAGAGAAAUUGAAAGCACAGAGGCAUUGUAUGUGAACAUGAUCUUACUGUAGUUCUAGAAUAAAUGUGAACGUGCAUUAAUUCAUCUCACUGGCAAAAAAACAGUGAUUCAGUAUUCAUCAAAAUGAAUUAAAACUCAGAAUAUGACCUGCAAUAAUUAAAUAUGUUAAAUAACACACAUGUAUCUAAUCUCAUUUUAUUAACCGAUGUCUUUGCUGCUGACCUUCAAUGAUCCAGUUCAACCUAAUAAGCAAAAAUGACUUUAGAUAAACUAACAAUUGUGCUUCAUUGUCUUUUAGAGUUGAAGAGUGUUGAACCUUCUUCUCCUGCGUUCUACUGUACAGACGUUAAUUUACUUUUCCUUCAGCCUGAGGUUUAUUCAUUACACUUUUUGGUGUGAAAGGGCUUUUACAUUUGCUAUAAUAGAACUUUUUAUAUUAAAAACAAACAAUCAAGCCCUGCUCCUAUUUAAAAAGUAACGCAAAAGUAAUGUAACACAUUACUUUCCAUAAAAAGUAACUAAGUAACGUAAUUAGUUACUUUUUUAGGGAGUAAGGCAAUAUUGUAAUGCAUUACUUUUAAAAGUAACUUUCCCCAACGCUGGUUACAUGUAAUGAAAUUAUGUAAUUUAAUUACAAAAUAAAUUUAACUGUAAUCGGUUACAGUUACUGAAGAAAAAAAAAUGUAAUUACAGUUACUUUUAAAAAUGUUAAAGACUACAAAAAAAGGGGGUUACACCUGAAUAUUUUCACACACAAACACACACAGAUUUAAUUGAUUGCUUUCAUAAAUUGCAGUGACUGCUCUAAAUGAGACACCAAUGUUUCAGAAGUUUAGGACAUGUUUAUUCAAUAACUGUGUUACACAACUUUUUUCCUAUUUGAGUUUGUGUAUGCUUUUUUUUUUUAAGAUUUAACUGUUAGAUGCCAGUGUUUCCUGAUUUCAAAAACAGUAUCAUAGCUAUUAAACUAUUUCUUGUUAUGAUUUUAAAUCUGCAUUUAACCUCAGAAUGAUCUCAAAGUGAAAAGAGGUGCUAAGGUUUGAUUUUGUGGUGGCUGUGCUUUAAAAUUCAAUUAUUAUAAUUCAAGUGAUGAGGGAUUCUGAAAGUCUGACAGUAAUCAGUGUUGAGUUCUACUGUAAUUUUAAACCUGCCUGCUUUAAAUGUUUCAAAAUGAUUAAAAGUUGAAAACAUUCGUUAGAAAUUUAGAAAAGUAAUCAAAUGUAAUCAGUUACAUUACUUUAAUAAAGUAAUUGAAAUAGAUACACUACUUAUUACAUUUUAAAUAGGGUAACUUGUAAUCUGUAACCAAUUACAUUUCCAAAGUAACCUUCCCAACACUGAUAGCAAGUUUACUUGCUCAUAUGGAAAAGCAUUGUCCAAAGUUGAGCAGCUGGGGUUUGUAAUCAACCAAACAAUCAGUUUCUCACAAUUAAGAAGUUGCUUAAGUGUCCUUUUCACAUUUAUGGGUUUGAAACACAGAAGUAAUUUAUAGCAAACUUUCUGUAGAGGUUCUUGAGAGCAAAUAUUACUUUUAUGUUCUCAUUUAUUGCCAUCGCAACAGUGCUGACAAAUUUUUGCAUUGAAAAAUUAAGUAAAAUAAUACUGUUUUUAAUUUGCAUUUUUCUGUCAAUCAGUGAAAUGUAAAGUUGAACAAAGCAUUAACCUAAGAUAACAACCAAGUUAGGCUGUAAAGGUGGUAGGAAGAUUUGAUAAACAAUGAUGUAACCGUGUAGAGGUGUCUUUAUAAGUUUUGCGAUAAUUAUAAGAUUAUCUAAAAGACACUAGCGAUUUUUUUUUUUUUUUUUUGUGAAUAAUAUGAGAUUCAAACAAAGAAAAUGUUUUGUUAAAAUAAAUAAGUGCUGCUGUGAAAUGCCACUUAUUUUGUGUGUUGUAUGUUUUUAUUGGGCAGUAGCAACUACUUUAUUAUAUUAUUUUUAUGUUUGUUUUCUUAAUGAUUUUUAUUCUGAUUCUUGCUCUCUUAUAUAAAUACGUUGGAAGUGUCGUACCAGAUGUUACCCUGGACCACAAAACUAGUCAAUUUUUAGAAAUUGAGAUUUAUAAGCUGAACAAAUAAGCUGUCCGUUAAUGCAUGGUUUGUUAAGAUAGGACAAUAUUUGGUCGAGAUACAACUAUUUAAAAAUCUGUAAUCUGGUGGAGGGUGAAAAAAAAAAAUCUAAAUAUUGAGAAAAUCGCCUUUAAAAUUGUCCAAAUCAAAUCCUUAACAAUGCAUAUUACUAAUCAAAAAUUAAGUUUUUAUAUAUUUACGGUAUAACAUUUACAAAAUACCUUCAUGGAACAUGAUCUUUUAUUAAUGAUUUUUGGCAUAAAAAUCAAUAAUUUUGACCCAUACAAUGUAUUGGCUAUUGCUACAAAUAUAUCUAUUCUACUUACAACUGGUUUUGUGCUCCAGGGUCACAAAUGUCUGAGACUAGGAACAAAAGCAACAAAUUAAAGAAUAAAUAAAUAUAAGAAUGUAAAUUUUCUCAAC